AUGUUCAGCUCCACUGUUGCACAACUUGAGUUUGCUUCUAGCCCCUAUGAUUUAGCUCUUUUUACUCGUCACAUUGCUACUGGCAUCACUAUUCUACUACUUUAUGUUGAUGAUAUGAUCAUUAUGGGUAAUGAUACUUCUGAUAUUCAUGAGCUUAAGCAAUUUCUGUGUCAGCAGUUUGAGAUGAAAUACCUCGGUUCUCUUAGCUACUUCCUCGGCUUAGAAGUGUCCCCUACCUCUGAUGGCAACUAUUUGACCCAAGCCAAGUAUUCUUCUAAUCUUCUCACGCGUGCGAGUCUCACAAAUUGUAAGAUAACUGAUAGUUCGCUGGGGCCCAACAUCAAACUUCAUCCUACUGAUGGGGAGCUCCUUCCCGAUGCCACUCAUUAUCGACAACUUGUUGGGAGCUUGAUUUAUCUCACUAUCACUAGACCAUACAUUGCCUAUGCAGUGCACCUUGUUAGCCAAUUUAUGUCAACUCCUCAUUUCGUUCACUAUGCAGCUGUUCUUCGCAUCUUACAAUAUGUGAAGGGAACAUUAUUUCAUGGGCUUUUUUUUCCUCUCACUCAUCCUUGA